UUUCGCCAAAUGCAAUGAAAUUCAAGUGAGCGCGCACAGGGCAGGUUGUACAUUAAUGAUUAAAAGUAAGCAGUAUUAGGCGACGCCUCAGACAACAGGUGACUUGCAGAUGCGAGAGAGCAUCGCCGUGCGUUAUGGAAAUGUAAACAGCUGAGCAGAUUGAGUCAGAGAGUGCCGCAAGCUAGUUACAAGAAAAAAAAAUCAAGAUCUUUAUUUGGCCAGUGACGAUUUUACUGUAGAGUUUCUGCAACCUCACAGUCAUAUGAUUAGUCACAACAAGAUGUCGAUAAGAGCUGUGGCAGUUGCGUUUACGUUAUUCUUCGUCGCGUCUUUGCUGCAUACCAGCGACGCAGUUUGUAAAAGUCCACGAGGGAGCAAAACUUGGAGAAGGAAGAGCUUAGUGGACCGUGCUAUCCAGUCCGAUAUUGUCAUCUAUGGCGAAGUUUUUAACAGCCCGUGUUGGAAACCUGGCUUUGUAAAACCAACGAAUGCUCCACUCACGACGCCAACUCAAGCUCCAAGCGGCGUCAAUUCCACGAAUACAACAAGCAACACGACAGGGUUCAUUACGACUCCUUCGCCACCGAAGCAAGAAAAUGCAACAGCCAACACGACGACCCAAUCUAUUGUGCCAACCACGGAAGUCCCGUACAACUGUAGCACAGAGUACUAUAACGCGAUCAUCAAGGUUCUAUGUGUGUUAAAAGGAGGCUCAGUGCCUCUACUUAUUAAUCUGGAGGGUCUUGGUCAUGGAGAGGGAGUCUGUUUGGAUGAAUCGUACCACGACCAUCACGCGUAUAGAAUGUUGAAAUAUCUUAUUUUCAUCGGAAGGAAGGAAAUCCCAAAUGAAAAAGGUCAAUUCAGGAUCUAUCCAGUGAACUACCAGCCUGCUCUUAAAGAGAUCGAUGAUGAAACCGAGUUGGAUCCUAUCUUUGAAGCUGUUGGUCGAAAUGCUCACUUGCCUAGCAACAUCGUCAAUCAGAAAGACCAUGUCAUGUGUAAGCCUUACGUGGGUUCUGCGCAUGCGUGCCGUUCGAGUCUUCUAAUGAUCCUGUUCUUGUUUAUCUCAUAUAUAAUGUAUUGACUUUAAAGCUGCACAUCUAGCACCGAUGAUUAUUUUAAAGGAAAGGUUCCCGAUCACAUCACGUUUUGCGACUGUAAAAAAAAAAAAACUAAAAUUUCCUCAAUAAAUAAUGAUCGGUUUUUUUUUCCAUCAUUUUGUCAUUAUCAGGGUGCAUCACGAAGUUUCAACUACGUAAUGUUUAUCUUUUUCAGACGAUGACGUUGAAUAUUUACGAGUCCCCUUUCGAAGUGCUAUUGCGCAUGUCCGAUUAAGUCAUUUCGUGAUUGACGGGUUGUAAAGUUUUAGUUUGCAUGAAAUGAAGGCAGCCAAUAGGAUAGGACUGCAAAAGCUUAAUCGUUCAUUCAGCCUGAGUGAGGGUGGGGAGGUUAGCUAAAGUUCCACUUUCAGAUCGGUCGAAUCUUGAAUAAAUCCGUUUAAACCGA